UCGCCAGGCUUCUUUCUCAACCGGUCCUGGGCGGCUGGGAGCCCUUUGAAACCAGUGAUUACAACAACCCCAACUUCAGGAGGAGGAGGAGGAGGAGGCGGCACCGGCAAGCGCGAGAAAGCAGAGCAGAGAGAGCAGAGUAGCUUUCCGCGUGAGGGGCGCUUUCGGAUUUUCCACGGCUUCUCUUCGCUCCCCCCCCGCAGCCCAAGGCAUGGACCCUCCGCGCCGGCCGCCCUGGUCCCCGCUGCUUCUCCUCGCCCUCCUGCUCCUGCUGCCCUCCGGCCGGGCGCAAGAAGCCUCGGUGGAGACCUGCUGUUCCCGUGGAUAUGAAUGGGCGAGUCAAAAGAAAGACUGUAGGUUUCUCUCUUCAGAUCGGGAUUCCAAGGAAUGCAGGAUAGCCCAGGAACAGUGCUGCCUCAGUCAGCUGGAGGUGUUGCAUUGCACCACUGGAAUGGCCAUUGCUAGUAAGCAAGAAAAUUGUGACUUGCCAAGGGAGAAUUCCACCUGUGAAGACAAGAUCAUUAAGAAAUGUUGUUACUGCUGCUUUCUGGGGAAAGAGGCCCAGAAACAAGGCCAUAGCUGUGAACAGAGCCUCCUAAUGGGUUAUCAGUGUGGAUUGGUGUUCAGAGCUUGCUGUGUCGAAGGGCAAGAAAACUCGGAUGCUGGGAUUGUUGACGGUCCUAACAAAGAACUGGUGGAAAUUAACCUUGAGGAUCAUUACCUGAAUGACCGUUGCAGAGGUGGAGGACCUUGUACCCAACAAUGUAGGGAUACAGGAACUAGUGUCCUCUGUUCUUGCUUCAUGGGCUACCAGCUUCAAGCAGAUGGCUUUACUUGUGAAGAUAUUAAUGAGUGCAUCACUUCUGCCAACGCCUGCAACAUCGGUCAGAUCUGUGUCAAUACUCUGGGCUCUUUUCGUUGCCAGCGGGAGACAAAUUGUGGGACAGGUUAUCAGCUGACAGAGCACAAUUUCUGCAAAGAUAUUGACGAAUGUGAGACUGGUAUUCAUAACUGCCUCCCCGAUUUUAUCUGUCAGAAUACGCCAGGAUCAUUCCGUUGCCGGCCCAAACAACAGUGUAAGAUCGGCUUUAUACAAGAUGCUCUCGGCAACUGUAUUGAUAUUAAUGAAUGUUUGACUCUUGCUGCUCCUUGUCCUGCUGGGCAGGCCUGCAUCAACACAGACGGCUCCUUUGCUUGCCAUAGGAAUGUCCCAAACUGUGGAAGAGGCUACCGCUUGAAUGAAGAGAAGACCAGAUGUGUUGAUAUAGACGAGUGUUCAGGAACCUCCCAACCUUGUGGGAAGGGUCACACCUGCAUUAAUUCCCCUGGAAGCUAUCGUUGUCAGUGCCAGCUGGGCUACUACUUUGAUGGGAUCAGCAGAACUUGCACAGAUGUUAAUGAAUGUCGUCGAUACCCUGGUCGCCUCUGUGCUCAUAAAUGUGAAAAUACGCCUGGGUCAUAUUAUUGCAGCUGUACAAUGGGAUUCAAACUUUCUUCAGACGGGAGGUCUUGUGAAGACUUAAAUGAGUGCGAAAGCAGCCCCUGCAGUCAGGAGUGUGCCAAUGUCUACGGCUCCUACCAGUGCUAUUGCCGUCGCGGCUACCAGCUCAGCGACAUAGACGGGGUCACCUGUGAAGAUAUUGAUGAGUGUGCGUUACCAACGGGGGGCCACAUCUGUGCUUAUCGGUGCAUCAACGUGGCAGGCAGUUUUCAGUGCACCUGCCCCGCUUCGGGUUACAAGUUGGCCCCCAACGCACGGAACUGUCAGGAUAUUGAUGAAUGUCUUACUGAAACUCAUACCUGUUCACACAACCAGACCUGCUUUAAUAUUCAGGGAGGAUUUCGCUGCCUUUCUCUGGAGUGUCCAGAGAAUUAUCGCAAAUCUGGAGACACAAUCAGACAUGAGAAAACAGAUACCAUUCGCUGCAUUAAAUCCUGUCGACCAAGUGAUGCCAACUGUAUCUUAGACCCUGUUCACACAAUUUCCCACACCGUCAUCUCUCUGCCCACUUUCCGAGAAUUUUCAAGACCAGAAGAGAUCAUUUUCCUUCGCGCCAUCACACCAGCAUAUGCGACCAAUGAGGCUGACAUCAUAUUUGAUAUAACUGAAGGAAAUUUACGGGAUUCCUUUGACAUUAUCAAGCGCUAUGCAGAUGGCAUGACUGUGGGGGUCGUUCGACAAGUGAAGCCCAUCAUUGGACCUUUCUAUGCCACCCUGAAGUUGGAGAUGAACUACGUUGUCGGAGGGGUUGUCUCACACCGUAAUGUUGUCAACGUGCACAUCUUUGUUUCAGAAUAUUGGUUCUGAUGGUCUAUUUAAUGAAGAGAAGAGAGCGUCAAAGUGAAACUCCACCACAUAUUACCGUGGAAUCUCUGGUCACGAAUGCUUCUGACCAUGACCAAAUCGGGUUCCGACCAAAAUAUUCACAUCAUUUUUGAAUCUGGUCAUGAACAAAUACUUGGGUGGUGAUCAAACAUGGCCGCGGCCAAUUUCCCCUUCUGCACUGAUUUCCCCUUCCAUGCCAUUUUUUUUGUAAGUGCAUGCUCAGUUAGUCUUGGUUCUGGUCACGACCAAAUCAGGUUGUGACUGAAGUUACAGAACAAAUUACGGUCGUGACCCGAGGUUCUACUGUAUCUGGAAGCUCUGUAUUCAUGGUUGUGGGGGGAAGAUGUGGAGAAAAAGGACCAUGUAGCCUUCUUUUCCAAGGAUGUAAUCUGGUUUCUAGCUUAACUGCAGGACAAAUAGCAAACUAUCUAAAAUAGAAGUAGGAUAUCAAUGCCUGUAAAUUCACAGUAGUUAAUAUUAUGUUGUAUAUACAGUAUGGGGUUUUUUUUGCAUCUGGUGGCUUUAACCUCUCAGUGAGUUUUAAUCUCAGCUAUUUUGUUAAGUGCUUGAGACUGGAUUUUGCAGAUCUGAGUCUUGCUGUCUUUGAUGCUUCCACCUCCUCGAUCGUUUUACUUGGCUAUGAUUUCUUUUUUAAAUUGUAGAAAUUUUUUAACAAUCAUCUUGUCAUCUGGAGUCAAAACUAACUCCAGCUAAUGGGGUUUCUUCUUACCGGCAUUGGGCCCGCUAAUUCCAAUUACCAACAGUAGUAAGUCCAGGGGAUUGUUUAGUAAUAUUUCAGAUCCCCUAAUUCCAAUGACCAACAGUAGUAAGUCCAGGGGAUUGUUUAGUAAUAAUUUCAGGCCCUUGUUUUACCUGGCUGUGUGUUUUGGUUUCUUUUAAAUUUGAGAGUGUCAUUAAAGGGACAUUGGACAACAAGGGAUGAGAAUGGUAAAAAACUGAGCCUUUUAGUGCCCAGGAUCUUCAGCAUACAAUACAAAAAGUAUAGUCUCUUUCUAAUGCUGCAGUCAGACUGAAGUAUGUAUCUCAAUUCAAGAAGAUUGUGGCUUGUUGGCGGUAUUAACAUUACCUGCCAGGAGGUUUGCUCCUCAAAGAGGACACAGAAUCUUCAGCUCACAUAAGGGACUCCUUUGGUUUUCUUUAAAAAUUAAUCUCCCUUGAAAUUUUAGGUGUGGAACAUGCUUUGUUGAAAGUACUGGAAGCCCACACGUAUAUAUGACUUCCUUCUUUUCUGCAAUAAAACAACUUAUCUUACUAUUUCUGCUGUCAGCUGAUUAAUGAAUGCAGAUUUGAGUAUUAAGAGUAGAAAUUUAUUGCCGCACCUGUGUGAAGUAUGGCAGCUGUAUAUGUGAGAUGCCAAAGAAUUUUUAGCUUGAUAUUGA